ACAACAAAAGACAGGAGAAAGCAGUUACGAGUUACCAGUCUCUACAGCCACAGCAGGCGCUGUGAUUCUCCAGCCAUUUCACUUCAACCCUGGAGGUGCACUCUAUUGUCUCUCAAGACAGACGGAUGCCCACAACAAAAUGUGAGAUUCAUGACUGGGAAUUCAGAAGGCUCUUGUGUUACCUUAACUGCAUUGUUUUUUCUUGCCAUUCCAGCUUCACCCUUUCUUAAGAAGCGUCCAGUUGUUUAACACCUCCAGGGGUGGACUCUAUUCAGAUGAGAAUGGGGAUCUGGCAGCAGAUUAUGAUAUUGUGAACUGGGUGCUGUUUCGUAAUAGGUCCCGUGGAAGAGUGAAAGUUGGGAGUGUAGAGAGACAGGCAUCUUCAGAUCUAAAACUCACCAUUAACACAGAAGCCAUUGUGUGGCCCUGGCAGUUUAAGCAGGUAGGGGAGAUGAAUGAAGUGUGCUCCCUCCCUGCUUUUCAUCUGUGAAGCUGAAAUCAUUUAUACUUUUUACAGGAUACUGAAACAGGAAAUUAUUCUUAUCCAAUUCCUGUAAACCCAGUCUAGAGUUCAUCUGUAAGCAUCCCCACAAUUCCUAUCCCAAACACUCCUUUCUUGAGUGAAUCAACCACACCACUUUGUGCUUCAAUGCCAGGUUCAAACAUGUCAUAACAGCAUGAAACAUUUGUCGCUCCAUUCAUCCAACAGCCCUUGUUUCACAUCUUUAAUGCAGAAUUCACGCAAUCUGAGCAGCAUCCACACUCAGCUUCAGAAAGUCACUAGAAACACUCUAGCUCAUGACCUGCAACAGGUGUGCCAAAAAAACCGUCCAUACAGUACAAUCCCUUCGGUUAACAAGUACUUCCUGUUCCAGAGUAGCAUGAGGCCUGUGAUCUUUCCUUGGCCCUCUGCUCUGAAAUUAUCAGAGCAGAAAAAUUAUAUAUAGCAGAAUAGUUUGUAAGCACAAAGAGUAUUUGCCAGCCAGUGUGGUGUAGUGGUUAAGAGCGGUAGUCUCGUAAUCUGUUGAACCGGGUUCGCGUCUCCGCUCCUCCACAUGCAGCUGCUGGGUGACCUUGGGCUAGUCACACUUCUCUGAAGUCUCUCAGCCCCACUCACCUCACAGAGUGUUUGUUGUGGGGGAGGAAGGGAAAGGAGAAUGUUAGCCGCUUUGAGACUCCUUCGGGUAGUGAUAAAGCGGGGUAUCAAAUCCAAACCCUUCUUCUUCUAAAAGUGGCUGUUUAUGGAAACCUCUUCCAAACCCCAUGAUUCAUUUCCACACCUCUAACACUUUCUUCUUGAUGCCUCUUCACCUUUGUUUAGAUUAUGCCUCAUGGCAGGUGUACCAAAAGCUGUCAACCUGGAUACGCCAAGGUGGUUCAAGAAGGGCAGCCCAUUUGCUGCUACGCUUGUGCUCUCUGUGCAGAAGGGACCAUCUCCACUCAGAAAGAUGCAAACCACUGCACCAAAUGUCCAGAAGAUCAACAUCCAAACAAUGAGCAAGAUCAAUGCAUCUCCAAGAUUAUCACCUUCCUUGCUCAUAAGGAACCUUUGGGGGUCACGCUUGGUUUCUUUGCCCUAUUCUUGUUCUUAACUACGUGCUUCAUUUUGGGGGUCUACAUAAAAUAUAUGGAAACUCCCAUAGUCAAAGCCAACAACAGAGACCUUUCCUACAUACUCCUUGUAUCUCUCAUGCUUUCAUUUUUGUCCUCUUUUCUGUUCAUUGGUCGGCCAAAGAAAGCAACCUGCCUCCUCCGACAAACAGCCUUCAGCAUCAUCUUCUCAGUUGCCGUCUCUUCUGUUUUGGCAAAAACCAUCACGGUGGUGCUAGCCUUCCUGGCUACAAAGCCAGGGAACAAGGUGAGAAGAUGGCUGGGGAAGAGUCUGGCCAACUCCAUUAUCAUUUCCUGUUCCAGUGUCCAGGUUCUCCUCUGCACCAUCUGGCUAGGGAUUUCUCCCCCAUUCCCAGACACUGAUAUGCACUCCCAACCUGCAGAGAUUAUCCUGCAAUGUAAUGUAGGGUCUUCUGCCAUGUUUUAUGGUGCCCUGGGCUACAUGGGCUUCCUGGCAGCCAUCUGCUUCACGGUGGCUUUCCUAGCCAGGAAUCUGCCAGCCGCCUUCAAUGAAGCCAAGCUGAUCACCUUCAGCAUGCUGGUCUUCUGCAGUGUUUGGGUGUCCUUUGUUCCCACCUACCUGAGCACCAAGGGGAAAUACAUGGUAGCCGUGCAGAUCUUCUCUAUGUUGGCCUCCAGUGCUGGGCUUCUGGGCUGCAUCUUCAUCCCAAAGUGCUACAUUAUUGUGCUGAGGCCUCACCUGAAUACAAAGGAACAUCUCACAAUGAAAACAAAGUGAGACGUUUGAGUCUAUUAUGUUCAAAUUACCUGCCCUGUUUAGUGAGCAAUCCACUUAUAUAGAUAUGCUACAACAUGAUCCUGAGCCUUUGAUUUGCCAUUAAAUUAUAAGGAAUUAGGUGAUAACCAACUCCGGAAAUCAACUUGUC